UGCUCCACCCAUCUGCUCUCUGUUAUUGUUGAUUUAGUCUCUGUUAUAUAAAUGAAUUAAGCCAGGACGCCAGAUAUCUAUAUAUGCCAAUACAGCAUUUACUUUUUUCCCGCUUCAAAAGGCGACAACUAAAGCAUUUAAGUAAUCAUAUUAAUACCUGUAUCCCACAAUCCCAAUUCUCAGAGUAUCUAUCUGUUCAUCUGUGGUCAGACUACUCUGUCUUGUCCAAUGUGCUUUUCAUUUCUAGAAGUAAGACAUGAUGAACGCCAGUGCAGUUCACAUGGGGUGAUAGAAACAAGUCUUGGUAAAAAAUCUUUUUGACUUGCCUUUUUUUGAUGGUGGGGACUUGGUCUAAGUCCUCCUCCCGAUUUCCCUCCUUGUGUGUCAUCAUGGACAAGCAUUGGAUCUCAUUAUAGAUGUUUGAGGAGUUGGAAUGAUGCAAGAUUUUAGUUUAUUAGAUGUUGGAUUUCUGUAAUUUGGUUGGAAGAUUACUAAUAUAUUAGUAGGAAAUUAUGAAUGUUUGGGUAUAAGGCAUUGGGUUUGCUCAAGUGGGCAAUUGAAUUUUGCUAAAAUUAUGAGGAGAUCAGAUUAGUAAGAGAGCAGAGGGAACAUAGAAUUUUUAAGCGUGUACAACUGGUUUUGCUCGAAUGGGCUAUGGGUUUUGCUUGCAUUGUGAGGAAUUCGGACAGCUUAUAUGAGCAGGCAUUGUAUUUGGUUGAUUGCGCUGUAUCAGACAUUGAGUUUAAUGAACGUGGUUUGUUCAAGCUUAGUUAGAUGUUAGGAAAGAGUCAACACACUUUCAUAAAGCUGGGUCAUUGGAUUUCAGUUAUAGUAGGCAUGAGUUUUCCAUCGUUCAUGUAGUAUGUAAGAUUUGUUUAUGGAAAAAUCUGUGUAUGCUUUUUGAAUCUGUUGUACUCAGCAAUCCAUUGCCAAGAAGAGGAAAAGUCGAAACAGUAUUUUUGAAAUUGAGUCGAAACAGUAUUUUUGAAAUUGUGGGGGGAAUGAUUGAGGAUAAUUUUAAGUCAAAAAUUGUUCUCUGAAUUGUUGGGUUGGGUCAAGAAGAUUGUGGAGCGCUGGGAGAUGAUGAAUUUCAGACAAUGAAGCCAAUUUAGGUUCGUCAGCAGAUUUUGAUGUUUAUGUGGUAUUGAAGGACUUGUGAACAAUUGCUUUGAUGGAGUGGGGCAUGAAAGUAUAAGAAAAAGUCUGAUCUAGCAGUAUCUAAGCUGAGCUAAUGGCACAAGCAAAAUUGUUUCUUAGAGGCUUCUUGGCCUUGGGAGUUCUUAUCUUGCAACUUCUAGGUUUGUUUGUAACUGCUCUUCCUGUCAGUAAGAAAAGGAGGUCAUCAGAUCACAAGGUGCCUUCAUGGUCCUCAAUCAAGAAGUUUCUAACAUGUAAGGGUGACAGCAAUGAGGUUCAUGACCCCCAAAGAGAAGCAAAGCAGUCGCGCAAGAGUAAGUGUUAUCACAACAUAGGAUGUUCUUACUGCUCCGGGUCACUGUAUAACCUGAGGGAUCUUGUGCAUGGAAACUCAAGAGUUAUGCAUAGAGCUGAAACAUCCCCUGAGAGUUCUUCAAGGUCAUCUCAGGAGAUAGUGGUGUCAGAAAACAACAGGCUUUCCAUGGGCUCAAGCACUAGGUCUAUGGCUUCACCCAAGCCUGCACAGUUCAUAGUACAGGAGACUCAGGGAUCCUUCAGAGGAGUCCAUUUGAAGAAAUUCUCAGGCUGCUAUGAAUGCCAUGUUGUUGUAGAUCCGUUUGAGGCCAUGUCGAGGGAUUCUUCUCUGAGAACUUCAAUUUAUGCCUGUCCAAUAUGCGGUGAGAUAUUUAGCAAGUCUGAGGCCCUCGAGCAGCAUCAGGCCAUUAAGCAUUCAGUUUCUGAGUUGGCUCAAGAUGAUUCAGCCAAGAACAUUGUAGAUAUAAUCUUCCAAACUAGCUGGCUAAAGAAGGAGACACCAUGCAAAAUUGAGAGGAUUCUUAAAGUCCACAACAGCCAGAGAACCAUCAACAAGUUUGAAGAUUACAGAGACAUGGUAAAGGGUAAAGCCAACAAAUUGGCAAAGAAGCACCCAAGGUGCAUAGCAGAUGGCAAUGAAUUACUUCGUUUCUAUUGCACCACACUCACAUGUUCUCUGGGCAUGAAUGGGUUAUGUAGUCUCUGCAAUCAGCCAACUUGCAAUGUAUGCACUGUCAUUCGCCAUGGUUUCUCUUCCAAACUUGAAAAUGGCAAAGGGAUUUACACCACAGCAAGCAGUGGAAAAGCACAUGAUUCUAUUGAGGUAACAGAGGAGGAUGCCUCAAAGGCCAAGAGAGCAAUGCUAGUUUGCAGAGUUAUAGCAGGCAGGGUCAAUAGGUCUCAAGACCCGGAUGAGUUUGUGAAUGGUGGAUUUGAUUCAGUGGCAGGUGAGGCAGGAGUAUACUCUAAUCUAGAUGAAUUGUUUGUGUUUAAUCCCAAAGCAGUUCUUCCAUGUUUUGUUGUACUGUAUAAGACCUGCAUAUGAAGUUUGUUUGUAGUUGUUAGAUUCCUGUAGUCUUCUGCUGCUUAUCGUUUUUUAUAUCUCAGGGUUAGGGUUUGUAGUGUAGAAGGGUAUUAGGGAUAAGAGAAGUGUGGUAAAUUCUGAAAAUAAGGGAAAUUAGGAAACCUCUGGUCAUACUUGUGCCUAUAUAAUUUAACCAAUUGACACCUAGAGGUUUCAAAUGAGACAAGCUCCUUUCAGACCCUGUUUGGUCUUUUGGUAUGGAUUUACAUACAAGGAAAAAAUGCCACAACUUCAAUUACAUCUUCAGUUUAGUCAAUCAUGUUUGAUGGAUGCACUGAUUUACCAGUUUAGCAUAGGCAGACUAAAACAUGGAGAUUAUGAAAAUGCAUGGAGAAGGCAGCAUCUUGCUGCUGUGGUUACAGAGCUGAUUUACUUCUUGUUUGAAGGUUUUCUCACAAAGAAAAGAGGAUUGAAUGAGACUGCCAAAUAUGCAGCAUAUGUAUAUAUAGCUAGUUGUAGGAGAACUUUGGUUCUCAUGGAGGGACUGGUUCUCUACCUUCUAUAAUUUGUAAUGUCAUUUUUAAUAUAAAUAGAAGACAUGUUACGUGUGGUUUC